CUUCGCGACCCAUGCUUGCUUGCAACGCAGUUUCUGACAGCGCCAUCCUACUGGACGCCAUAAACUAUCCAGUAUGCCGCGCAGUAUAAGUGGUGAGUGCGUAGUUGAGUGUUGUGUGUUGAAGUAUUGUAGGCGUAGACUAAGAUAUAACAUUAACAUUAAUUAACGUUAGCCUCAAGAGUCUGCAAUGCUAUUUCUAAGGUGCAUGUAAGGACGUGAGUGUAUAUCUUCCAUAAUAAGAUAACUUUUGUGGGCAUAUGAAUCACACCUCCUGUCAUUAUCUCUUACUCAAACCAUUUUUAAUUCUUAAUUUCAGGUAGCCUCUCCUUUAAAGUUCACAGAGAUUUCACAUUUGACUUAUGAUAUGUCUGGGCUAAGAGGGCCAUACUAUAAGUGGUUACGUGAUAUGACUGAAGGAAAGACAUCUAAAGUACCUUAUACUACAAAGAGGAGGAAUGAGCUGAAAAGGCGAAAGUCACAAAAAGAAAGAGACAGGAUUAAUUGGCCAGAACACCAUAUUGAAGAUUCCAAAAUAAUUCUGCCAAUUCAUCAGCCCAUCAAUACCUGUGAAGAAACAGGUCCUUCUGGCCAAACUGAGCAAUUUUCAGAUGGGGGAAAUGAAGCACAUCCAGAGAUUGACUCCUGUGACUUCAAUGAUGAAGGCAUUCAGUUUCACAAUGCUUAUGACACCUUGGAAGAAAUGGAAGAAGAGCCAUACCAAGAGAAGUCAAAGUUCCAGUGUGUUAUACACUGGACUGAAUCAAACCAAGUGUCCAUUGUUCCAUUGGAUUGUGUUGUUGAUGAAGAAAUGAUAAAUGACCCUGAAAGGGAAGGACUCAUUUAUCAUGGGGCUGUUGGGGGACAUCCCCCUGAAGGAGGCUGGGCAAAGUAUCCUGGGAAGGUUCUCCUUUGCAGUGAUAACAAAGCUGAAAUCAAGAGGAAGCUGGACUCUGCAGCAGCUCGGAUUGAUCGAGUGAGGCACAAACAGGAACAAGCACGAAGAGAUAAGAGAAUGCAGAAGGAAUUAACUGAGACACUUAGUAUUCCUCAGACUCAAGGGAAAGACAAUAUUAAUAUGAUUGGCAAAGGUGGAGGUCUGAAGAGGAAGAGAAGCGGAGAUGAUAUGGCCAAGGAUGUCCUCCAAAAAAGUGCUAAAUAUACAAAUGCACUGAAACUUCAAGAAAGUGACUUCAAGACUUGGAAUCAGAUUGAAUGCGUGAAGAGUGAUGAUGAUGAUGAUGAUGAUGAUGCCACCAUUCAGAAGAUUAUAUGUGAAAACCAGCGAUUGAAAAAGGAAUCUGAUACCCUGAAAAAGGAACUGCAUCAGCAAAGGGAAUUGGUGUCUACAUUCAGUGGAAGCAAUGAAAGAUUAUUGAAGGAAGUUGCCAUCCUACGAGAUGCCAAUCUUCAACUCCAAGAAAAACUUCCAAGUUUCACAUGCAAACUUGAGGCAUUGGUGAAUUCAUGUUUGGCUGCCUCCAACCAUGCAAGUCCAGGACAAAGGCAAAACGUCAUUGCUGGAUCGUCCGCACUCUCUAUGCCUGGCAGCCCAUGUAAUCUACCUGGACAAGCACUCAUGCAGCCAUCAACCCCACCAGAGGGGGAAGCAAGAGUUGAAGAAGACAAAGCAUAUGUGGAACUAGUCUCUGAACUCAAUGAAUAUACUCCUCCACAAGAAUUCAUGGAAGAGAUGGCUGCAGAAACCCACUGGGAAAAGUGUGUACUGAAAAUGAUGGCUGGACUUUUCACUCCAGAUGAACUAAGGAGGUGUACUCCAAAGGGUGGGAAUGGCCGGGAAGCUCUGGAUCAGAAGAAAAUGAAGUUCAUUGAAGGGUAUGUUUGCAAGAGAUUCCUAGUUUCAAAGGCAGUUGUUACUUUGAAAGCCAGACAGAAAUGCAAAGAUGCAAGGCAAGGCAUGAAGAAGAAGAAGGUGCAACGAGAGUCCCAAGAUGAAUCAGAGGGACGCAGUCACCGCAAUAUUCUGUGUUAAUUUCUCAGUAAUUAAUUCUUCAUUUCAUUCAUUAUUGACUUGUUUGACAUGAUUGGG